GUGGUGGCAUGAAGUUCAAUUUUGGUGGUGGCGGGUUCCCGGGCGGCGGUGGAGGCGGGCAACCGGGCCGAUCAUCCCAAGGAGGAAGCAAGACGAUAUUCAAGGACGUGCCUGGCGUGAAAGAGAUGUCCGCGAAGUCAUGGAAGGCAGAGAUGGAGGACAGCGCUUCCAGAAGGAACGUUGUCAUCCUCUUCUAUGAGUCCAACCUUCAAGAGAUGGAGGAGAUAGAAGAAGCCUUUACGACUUUUGGCGCUAAGCUGGUGCAGGGCGCGCAACUUGUCGAAGCCGGCGCGGUCAAUUGCGCCAGGUCAGAAGGCCUCUGUCAAAAGCAGGGGGCAAAACGGCUCCCAUCCGUGAAGUACUAUGGUCCUGAAGGAGAGCAGCCAAAGCAGUUCCCUUCAGGUGCUAUAGACUUCCACGCGCUAUCCACCUGGCUACCCAAGGUAAUGGCAGAUUACGUGAAGGUCCUUGUGACAGAGAAGGAUGUCCGGCGGUGGCUGCCUACUGAUGAUAAGGUGCCUCAUGUCGUCUUCUUCUCCGACAAGAAGACGACCCCUCCUCUUUUAAAGACGCUCUCGGUGGAAUUCCGAGAGCGCGCGGCCUUGGGCGUCGUCUUAGCAGGCUCUGAG